CAGGAGUAAAAUAUCAGCUGUGGACAAGGCAGCCUUUGUUGCACCAAGUUGACGAUGUCGUUCUUCAAUUUGACGCGUUUGGGUGUCCAAGAUCCAAUAAAGACUGCUGUUACUAGACCAGGAACAGUACCAGCACCUGGUGGGCAGCCAGGAACCGCGGCUUCUACCAGUGGGGUGCAAAGAACCACGCUUAGCGAGCCGGUUUACCCGAACUCGGAAGCAAACGGGUCCUACGUGAAGUACACUAAACGCCUAAACAAACACAUCCGACCAAGACUCGGACCAAAUGAAAUUUACCACACUCAAAUAACCACAAAUAUAAACUACAGUUACUGGAUGAAGGAUGGGGUACAACAUGAAACAUGGACACAAAAUGAACAUCACCCCAGAGUGAAUAGUGAAAUGACAAGGUUUGUUGAUGAGAUGACACUCACAAAUAGGGAGUUUACAUUAUUUUAGGUACAUACAGUGUAUCAGCAAGACACUAAAUUCACUUUUGUAAAUUUUUACUUUUUGCUAAGAAACUCAAUUUUUUGUAAGUUAAUAUCCUAACCAUUAUUUUUUGUAAUGUUUAUUGUAAAGUUAUUCGAGAAGAUCGUUGAGCAAGUAUCAGUUAAGAACUUCACUCACAAUUUACAGUAUUUGCCUCUGUCUCACAUACAUAUUUUGUAAAAAAUGUCACAAAAGUGUUAACGUCAUUUACUGUCUCAAGGUGUAAGACUGCAAUAUAAGGCCAAGAUUUGCUUCAGGCAUGUAAUCAUGUUGAAAUGAAAGAUUAUUUUUGAUGGAUUGAA